CAGCAGCUCCGCCGGACUGUUGUUUUGUGUCCGGACUGUAUUGUGCUCUGCUCUAACACUCGGAGUGGAAAAACGGAGCUGAAGUAGUUCCCCGUUUAUUGUCUGUUAAGACAUGGCUGCGACAGAACACCGGGACUUCUCAGCAGAAAAAAAAGGCCUCUCCUCUCCAGUGACUCGCUACGGCUCCACAGACAGCAGCUGCGAGCACGACCAUCAGAGUAACGGUCAUGGCAGCAACCAUCAAUUCCCCGCGGCGACAGCGGGCCAUUGGGUCAGGGCUGAGCAUGGAGAGGAAGCCCUUCGCAGGAAGCUGAAAUACUUCUUCAUGAGUCCUUGUGAUAAAUAUCACGCCAAGGGUCGCAAGCCUUUUAAGUUGGGCCUACAGCUGCUCAAGAUCAUUAUUGUCACAGCUCAGUUAGUGUUGUUUGGCCUCAGUAACCAAGUGGUGGUGACCUUCAAGGAGGAGAACACGAUGACCUUCAAGCACCUCUUCCUCAAGGACUACGAUGAGUCGUCAGGCGACUCCUUUGCUGUUUACACGCAGGAAGAUGUCUAUGACCACAUCUUCUAUACUGUGAAGCAGUACCUUGCCUUACCAAAUACCACAGUGGGGCGCUACGCAUACGUCUACGAUGUUGGUGUGAAUGGCAGCGCACUCUCCCUCUGCCAACAGUACUACAAGAAGGGACGGAUAGACCCAGCCAAUGAUACCUUCACUAUAGAUCCCCAUGUCAUCACAGACUGCGUAGGUGUGAACCCCAUGUCGGUCCCUCCGGCUUCUUCACUUGGCACCAGCUACAAGAACUUCACCCUCAAGUUCCACAAGCUCAUCAAUGUCACCAUAGAGUUCCAGCUGAAGGCAAUCAAUAUACAGACCAUCAUCAACAACGAGAUUCCAGACUGCUACACUUUUUACAUAAGGAUUGUUAUGGACAACAAGGCUCACAGCGGCAUGGUGAAGAUUCGUUUAGACAACCAGGCAUCGAUAAAGGAGUGCAAAGACCCGAGCGUCUCUGGACAAGCUGAAAACUAUUCACGUUUAGCCUUCGAUAUCAUUGUGGCUCUGGUGUGCACCGUGUCCCUGCUGCUCUGUGGACGCUCCAUACUGCGAGGCAUCAUCCUGCAGCAGGAGUUUGUAGAGUUCUUUAAGGAAACUCUGGAUCGUAAAGUUUGCUGGGCAGACCGGCUGGAGUUCAUCAAUGGCUGGUACAUCCUCCUAAUCGUCAGCGAUAUCCUCACCAUUACGGGGAGUGUCAUCAAAAUCGGCAUUGAGUCUAAGAAUAUGUCCUCCUAUGACCUCUGUGGCAUCCUGUUAGGGACUUCCACUCUUCUGGUGUGGGUUGGAGUCAUUCGCUACCUCACUUUCUUCCAGAAAUACAAUAUUCUAAUCAUCACACUUCGAGCAGCGUUACCAAACGUGAUCCGCUUCUGUCUCUGUGUGGCUGUCAUCUAUCUGGGCUACUGCUUCUGUGGCUGGAUUGUCCUGGGACCGUACCAUGUCAAGUUCCGUUCACUGUCCAUGGUGUCAGAGUGUCUGUUCUCCCUCAUUAACGGCGACGACAUGUUUGUGACGUUCGCGGGGAUGCAGGAGAGCAGUACUCUGGUGUGGCUGUUCAGCCAAGUUUACCUGUACACCUUCAUCUCGCUCUUCAUCUACAUGGUGCUGUCACUGUUUAUCGCUCUCAUCACAGGAGCCUAUGAGACUAUUAAGCACCAAACCCAAGAACCCUUCCACAUCACAGACCUGCACGCCUUUGUGGCCGAGUGUACAGACGCACCGAACUCUGGGAAGUUUCGGGGUCUGGAGACGUCACCGUGCUCCUUCUUCUGCUGUUGUGACAGAACGACGACGUAUGAAGACGCUCUGCUGGUGAACUGAGUUUGACCUUGGAUACUGUAGCUCACUAACCACCCCUGCUGGCCAUAGGGAGACAUUGCACCACCUCGCAGUGGCUCUGGUGUCUGGAUUUAAACACUUAGCACUCAUGAGAAGGAAGAGGUGCCUUCAGCUGGACCAGCAUUUUUUUUUUUAUUUACGGAACAAAACAGGGGUAUAUUUGGACAUAUUAUUCUUCCUGCACUCAUUUCCAUGAAUACAAAAUUGAAACCUGGUGAUGGACAGGACUUGACCUCUGUAAGAGGAAGAGGACUCUGCAGCAUCAUGGACGACUACUGCUAAGACAUUUUAUUGUGUUUAAAACAAAUCAGUAUUUAAUUAAAUGAAGGCUGAACAGGAACGGUACCUGUGGUCAAGUGCCAUGAUGUUGACUGCAGAUAUAUUGUACAUACAUAAUACUGACUGUUUAAAUUUUAUUUCUUUUCUUUCUUUUUUUUUUUUUCUUUUGUAGUGUUUAAAAUGUGUGUUACCUCGAGUGGACAGGGCUCUUAAAAUUAGGCAUUCAAAAAAACUCACUAACCAUAUCCAGCAAUUUAUCCCUUUCACCUAUGCACACGUUCAAGUUAAUGUUUUAUUGCAAGAACUACUUGGCAGAGGACGCUAGAACAACUGUGAAAACGCUGCCGAUUCUACCUUUUCGAUCUUUUUUUUUUGGACAAUCAAGAGGACCACAAACAGAUAUGCAGACUGAGGUCUCGGGUGUUGGGUCGAUUUGUUUGCACCCACAGUAUAAAGUUUCAAAUCUUCUUUAGCCGCGGCUCUGCUGCACAAGCAUCACAUUGCAUGCAAAUGUGGAUCCUUGUAUUGUGUCUGUUGCUGCACUCGAUUGUUGUGGCAGAUUGUGUUGCAUUUGUCUGAGCAGUGAUCGAUUCAAUGGGAUGCACUCACUCACUAAUGAAGCACUCAGUAUUGCCUGUGGUCAGCUACAAUGAUGAAAGAUGCUCCCUGGGGCCACGGGCACACACUGUGCCUUCCUUUAAUGAUGCCAAAGUUUGAAGUUAGACUCGUAUCUUACUUGUUUAAAAGAAAUUGGGAUGUAGAACAAAAACUGAAAUAGUUUGAACUGCCUUACAAUAUGGAGCAGGUUGAAUAAUGAGAGGAUUUGUUGUCUUCAUAAUGACUGUAGUCCAUUGAACUGAUGGUUAGUGGAUGCUUUAUUAACUUUUUUUUUGUUUGCUUAAAAUGCUCACAGUUUCUUGCCUUGAGAAUUUGUUUAGGAAAAUAGUUUCUAUUAUUGAGAAGAGAUGAUCUGUGAUCUAAGCUGUAACACAUGAAUAGACUGUACAAUGACAGUGAAAAGAAAAGUAAAUGCAAAGUGUCUGCCAAAUGUAACACUGGCCUUAACUUAUUGUUGAUGAUGUCACAUGCAAUGUAUUUAGUGCCUUUUAUUCUAGUUUUAUGGUAUUGUGUUUUUAUACAAAUAAUCUGUGCUUGUACUUGACAAAUACAAACCUGUGGUCAUCUA